UCCAUACUCCUGGUGUCUCCCCUUCUUCCUUGCUUUUUUCAAAUCACUCAAGCUUUAAAAAAAAAUACCACAAACUGUGUUUUCCAACGAGCACAGCGUUCUACUCUCAUUCAUUCCACUCUUGGUGACUUAGCCGACAGUCUGAAGGAAGCUGGUACAAGCCGAAGGUCCUGCAGGCUGGUAACCAAGUCAUUGCCAAGGACUCUGUCCAGGACGCUGAGAUGGAAAUACCACAAGAGACAGCAGCGAAUCUUGGGCAGACCCUGGAAUGGCUGAGGAAGGAGCUGGCUGAGAUGCAGAUCCAAGACCAGCAGCUGUUGCUCACACUGAGGCAUUUGCAGAGCCUCCUAGGGGAGCUUCGAGCCGAAAGCACCCACUGGGAGGACACAAGACCCAGCAGAAGCACAUCACCUUUCCGAGCUAGACUGGGCUCAGAGGGCCGGGGCUACCAGCCUGUAUCAAGGGAAUUGGUCCAGCUCCUUCGAGGGGAAGAAAGCAGGCGAAGCUCCCUUCCUUAACCAGACAGAAAGGAUACUACUCAUCAAAACCC